CUACCCAGACUAUGUUAUGCGCUUCGACUGAGUGAUAUUUAUAAGCAAGACACAUUUGCUCUUUCCUUUCUCUCCCCCUCCCCCCAAGAAAAGUUUACAAAGUCGGCGCCGUGAAUGAAGUUUCACGAAAAGCGAACAGAGUAGAAGUGACAGUAGUUUGUCUUAUUUCGUGGAUGAGAUGGAAUCGAGUUGGUGGAAGACGCCGUUGCUACUGCUGGGCACCUUUUCCCUGUUUCAGGGCAUCAUCACGUCCAAUGAACCAACCCCUGAGAACAAUGUAACAACUGCAAAUUACAACACCACUUCAGUUAGUCUGAGCAGUGACAGAUCAAUCGAGCUCAAGUCUGAGUACAUCCAUGAGGUGACACUGAAUGGAACUCUUUCAACAAGGAUGACUUAUGAUGAAUCAAUUACUGUGACACAACUGGAUCCUGGAACUAAAUACAAUUUUAGCACCUCCACAAUAGCUGCUGUUGAUACAUUAUCAGAUUCAGUCAAUAUCUCCUCUAUGACAGAACCAAACCCUGAGAACAAUGUAACAGAUGCAAAUUACAACACCACUUCAGUUAGUCUGAGCAUCUCCACAAUGGCGGCUGAUAAUACAUUAAUAGAUCUGGUCAAUGUCACCUCUACGACAGAACCAAACCCUGAGAACAAUGUAACAGAUGCAAAUUACAACACCACUUCAGUUAGUCUGAGCAUCUCCACAAUGGCGGCUGAUAAUACAUUAAUAGAUCUGGUCAAUGUCACCUCUACGACAGAACCUGUACGGAUACCAAAAGAAAACAUCAGUGUAAGCAGCAAUGGAACAGUGGAUAGAUUGUUUGUGUCCUGGAUUCCACCACCUGGAAACGUGGAGGUGUUCUUUAUCACUCUUCAAGAUGUAAAAAACACGUCAGUACAAAAAGUCAACAGUACAAAUUCCACUUCUGUAAUUUUCACCGAUCUUCGACCUGGUCGAGUAUACAACAUCACAGUGAUUACAAGCAGUGGACCUUUCAAUGUUACCUCUGCCAACAUACAGGGUAUAACAGUUCCAAGCCCACCUGGUACUAUCCAGGUGUUGAACUUCAGUACCAAUUUCAUCUCAUUAAACUGGGGAGCACCUGCUGAUAUGGAUGAUGGAAGUUACUCCUUCAACAUAACCUACAGUGGUGGUUCUUCUACAGGGUCUAUUGUUGAACAGUCAAGCUUCAUCACAAUUUCAAACCUUAAUUCUGCAACAGAAUACACAAUUUCCGUGACCACCCUAGAACCCAGAAGAAACCUGUCGAGUCGCAUUGAGGAGAUCAAUCACAUGACACAACCAAAUGUAGUGAACAGCCUACAAGUCGGCGAAGUUGGCACCAACUCCAUAACACUGAAUUGGAAGCAACCAAUAGGAUAUAAAGAUGACUAUCGCUAUCUGGUAGUGACAAAAGGAAGUUCAGUACCUACCAUUACCAUUCAAAAUGAAACCGUAAAAUUUGAAAAUGUGAAUGUGAACAAUCUGAUCGCUGGAACCAACUACACGUUCACUGUUAUCACACUUGUAGCCAAUGUCCAGUCUGACUCCAGAGAAGUAUCCAGCUACACAAAACCCAUACGGAUACCAGAAGAAAACAUCAGUGUUAGCAGCAACGGGACAGUGGAUAGAUUGUUUGUGUCCUGGAUUCCACCACCUGGAAACGUGGAGGUGUUCUUUAUCACUCUUCAAGAUGAAAAAAAUACAUCAGUACGAAAAGUCAACAGUACAAAUUCCACAUCUUUAACUUUCGCUGAUCUUCGACCUGGUCGAGUGUACAUCAUUACAGUGAUUACAAGCAGUGGACCUUUCAAUGUUACCUCUGCCAAUGUACAGGGUAUAACAGUUCCAAGCCCACCUGGUACUAUCCAGGUGUUGAACUUCAGUACCAAUUUCAUCUCAUUAAACUGGGAAGCACCUGCUGAUAUGGAUGAUGGAAGUUACUCUUUCAAUAUAACCUACAGUGACGGUUCUUCUACAAGGUCUAUUGUCGAACAGUCAAGCUUCACCACAAUUUCAAAUCUUAGCUCUGCUACAGAAUACACAAUUUCUGUGGCCACCCUUGGACCCAGAAACCUGUCGAGUCGCAUUGAGGAGAUUAAUCACAUGACACUUCCCACUGCUCCUGGAGCUAUCACUGUGACCACCUUCAGCACUAGUUCCAUCUCAUUAAACUGGGGUGCACCUUCAGAUCUGGAAGAUGGAAGUUAUUCCUUCAAUGUCACUUACGAUAGUGGUUCUGCAAAAAUGUCAGAAACAGUAAAUACAACUUCAACAGUAAUUUUGAACAUUACUUCUGGAACCAACUACACCAUUUCUGUGGCCACUGUUGUUCGGGGAAAUAUAUUGAGUGACGUUGUAUCAAUAUCUCAGUUCACCCAACCUGUACAGACACCAGAAGCAAACAUCAGUGUUAGCAGCAAUGGGACAAUGGAUAGAUUGUUUGUGUCCUGGAUUCCACCACCUGGAAAGGUGGAGGUGUUCUUUAUCACUCUUCAAGAUGUAAAAAACACGUCAGUACAAAAAGUCAACAGUACAAAUUCCACUUCUGUAAUUUUCACCGAUCUUCGACCUGGUCGAGUGUACAACGUCACAGUGAUUACAAGCAGUGGACCUUUCAAUGUUACCUCCGCCAAUGUACAGGGUAUAACAGUUCCAAGCCCACCUGGUACUAUCCAGGUGUUGAACUUCAGUACCAAUUUCAUCUCAUUAAACUGGGGAGCACCUGCUGAUAUGGAUGAUGGAAGUUACUCCUUCAACAUAACCUACAGUGGUGGUUCUUCUACAAGGUCUAUUGUCGAACAGUCAAGCUUCAUCACAAUUUCACACCUUAAUUCUGCUACAGAAUACAAAAUUUCCGUGACCACCCUAGGACCCAGAAACCUGUCGAGUCGCAUUGAGGAGAUCAAUCACAUGACACUUCCCACUGCUCCUGGAGCUAUCACUGUGACCACCUUCAGCACUAGUUCCAUCUCAUUAAAGUGGGGUGCACCUUCAGAUCUGGAAGAUGGAAGUUAUUCCUUCAACGUCACUUACGAUAGUGGUUCUGCAAAAAUGUCAGAAACAGUAAAUACAACUUCAACAGUAAUUUUGAACGUUACUUCUGGAACCAACUACACCAUUUCUGUGGCCACUGUUGUUCGGGGAAAUAUAUCGAGUGACGUUGUAUCAAUAUCUCAGUUCACCCAACCAAAUGUAGUGAACAGCCUACAAGUUGACGAUGUUGGCACCAACUCCAUAACACUGAAUUGGAAGCAACCAAUAGGAUAUAAAGAUGACUAUCGCUAUUGGGUAGUGACAGAAGAUAGUUCAGAACCUACCAUUACCAUUCAAAAUGAAACUGUACAAUUUGAAAAUGCCACUGUGAGCAAUCUGAUCGCUGGAACCAAUAACACGUUCACUGUUAUCACACUUGUAGCAAAUGUCCAGUCUGAUUCCAGAGAAGUAUCCAGCUACACAAAAUCCGUGCAAAUACCAGAAGAAAACAUCAGUGUUAGCAGCAAUGGAACAGUGGAUAGAUUGUUUGUGUCCUGGAUUCCACCACCUGGAAACGUGGAGGUGUUCUUUAUCACUCUUCAAGAUGUAAAAAACACAUCAGUACAAAAAGUCAACAGUACAAAUUCCACUUCUGUAAUUUUCACUGAUCUUCAACCUGGUCGAGUGUACAACAUCACAGUGAUUACAAGCAGUGGACCUUUCAAUGUUACCUCUGCCAAUGUACAGGGUAUAACAGUUCCAAGCCCACCUGGUACUAUCCAGGUGUUGAACUUCAGUACCAAUUUCAUCUCAUUAAACUGGGGAGCACCUGCUGAUAUGGAUGAUGGAAGUUACUCUUUCAAUAUAACCUACAGUGAUGGUUCUUCUACAAGGUCUAUUGUCGAACAGUCAAGCUUCAUCACAAUUUCAAAUCUUAGCUCUGCAACAGAAUACACAAUUUCCGUGGCCACCCUUGGACCCAGAAACCUGUCGAGUGGCAUUGAGGAGAUCAAUCACAUGACACAACCAAACGUAGUGAACAGCCUACAAGUCAGCGAAGUUGGCACCAACUCCAUAACACUGAAUUGGAAGCAACCAAUAGGAUAUAAAGAUGACUAUCGCUAUCUGGUAGUGACAAAAGAAAGUUCAGUACCUACCAUUACCAUUCAAAAUGAAACUGUACAAUUUGAAAAUGCGAAUGUGAACAAUCUGAUCGCUGGAACCAACUACACGUUCACUGUUAUCACACUUGUAGCCAAUGUCCAGUCUGAUUCCAGAGAAGUAUCCAGCUACACAAAACCCAUACAAAUACCAGAAGAAAACAUCAGUGUUAGCAGCAAUGGGACAGUGGAUAGAUUGUUUUUGUCCUGGAUUCCACCACCUGGAAAUGUGGAGGUGUUCUUUAUCACUCUUCAAGAUGUAAAAAGCACGUCAGUACAAAAAGUCAACAGUACAAAUUCCACUUCUGUAAUUUUCACCGAUCUUCGACCUGGUCGAGUGUACAACAUUACAGUGAUUACAAGCAGUGGACCUUUCAAUGUUACCUCUGCCAAUGUACAGGGUAUAACAGUUCCAAGCCCACCUGGUACUAUCCAGGUGUUGAACUUCAGUACCAAUUUCAUCUCAUUAAACUGGGGAGCACCUGCUGAUAUGGAUGAUGGAAGUUUCUCCUUCAACAUAACCUACAGUGAUGGUUCUUCUACAAGGUCUAUUGUCGAACAGUCAAGCUUCAUCACAAUUUCAAACCUUAAUUCUGCAACAGAAUACACAAUUUCCGUGACCACCCUAGGACCCAGAAACCUGUCGAGUGGCAUUGAGGAGAUCAAUCACAUGACACAACCAAACGUAGUGAGCAACCUACAGGUUGACGACGUUGGCACCAACUCCAUAACACUGAAUUGGAAGCAACCAAUAGGAUAUAAAGAUGAUUAUCGCUAUCUGGUAGUGACAAAAAAAAGUUCAGAUCCUACCAUCAUCAUUCAAAAUGAAACUGUAAAAUUUGAAAAUGCUAGUGUGAGCAAUCUCAUCGCUGGAAUCAACUACACGUUCACUGUUAUCACACUUGUAGCCAAUGUCCAGUCUGAUUCCAGAGAAGUAUCCAGCUACACAAAACCUGUACGGAUACCAGAAGAAAACAUCAGUGUUAGCAGCAAUGGGACAGUGGAUAGAUUGUUUGUGUCCUGGACUCCACCACCUGGAAACGUGGAGGUGUUCUUUAUCACUCUUCAAGAUGUCAAAAACACGUCAGUACAAAAAGCCAACAGUACAAAUUCCACUUCUGUAAUUUUCACCGAUCUUCGACCUGGUCGAGUGUACAACCUCACAGUGAUUACAAGCAGUGGACCUUUUAGUGUUACCUCUGCCAAUAUACAGGGUAUAACAGUUCCAAGCCCACCUGGUACUAUCCAGGUGUUGAACUUCAGUACCAAUUUCAUCUCAUUAAACUGGGGAGCACCUGCUGAUAUGGAUGAUGGAAGUUACUCCUUCAACAUAACCUACAGUGACAAUUCUUCUGCAAAGACUAUUGUCGAACAGUCAAACUUCACCACAAUUUCAAAUCUUAAUUCUGGAACGGAAUACACGAUUUCCGUGGCCACCGUUGGACCCAGAAACCUGGCGAGUCGCAUUGAGAAGAUCAAUCACACAACUCAGCCAAAACCCAUUCAGAACCUACGAAUAGUGGCUUUUAGCACCCACAGUAUUUCCCUACAAUGGGUAGCACCAGUUGAAGAUCAAAAGGACUACAAGUACAGAGUGGUGACAGAAGCACCUGAAGUUAAUAACACAACUAAAAUUGUAACAGAUGAAACUGUAACUGUGGAGGGACUGACACCAGGAACGAACUACAUCUUUUCUGUUGUCACAUUGGCAAAGGAUGAUACACCAUCAGAAUCAGUUAUGAUUGCCAACUACACAGAACCUAUGAAAAUACCUUCAGAGAACAUCUUACUGAGCAAUGAGAACACAACUGAUUUAUUGAAUGUUUCCUGGGACAAUCCAGUAGGACAUGUUGAGAAUUUCAGUGUUCAGAUAAAAGAUUCUAAAAACCCAGAAGCAUACAGCUGUGAGAAGACUGUGCAACCUCCAAAAACCCAAGUAGAAUUCAGCAGCCUGAGGCCUGGAAGGUUGUACAGGGUAAAUGUAGUGACAAUUAGUGGACCUCAUCACGUAACCUCAGAUGAUGUAACUAAGGCCACCUUUCCUUCACCACCCAGAAACAUAGUGGUGACCGCUGUCACUAAUUCAUCACUUAAUUUUAGCUGGGAGAGACCAGAAGACAUGGUUCUUGGAGAAUACACUUUUAUUGUCAGCUACCGAAUGGUUCAAGAAUCAAGUAGUACAACUUAUACAGAAGUAGAAAAUAAAUCAGCUAUAUUUAAUCUUUACUCUGGAACUAAUUACAUCGUAACUGUUCUUACCAAUAUUCUUCAGAAUUUGAACAGCAGCUUUGUGACAAAAUCUGUCUACACAAAACCAAAUCCUGUUAACAGAUUUCAUGUUUCGGAAACGAGCAACAGUUCAAUAAGUCUAACCUGGGAUGAGCCUAAAGGGUACCAGAAAGUGUACAAGUACAGAGUGCACGCAGAUGGAAAUACACAUUCCAACAAAACAGUCAGUAAUGUCAACGUGCUUUUUGAUGGCUUGAACUCUGGAGAUAAUUUCACAUUCACCAUCUACACCCUGGCAGAAGAUGGCACAGAAAGUGAUUCGAUCAUGUUAUCCCAGUGCACAAAUGCUGCUGCAAUUAGUUCUUCUUCUCUGAAAUGUAAAGGAGUGGAUCGCAACUCCAUGCUCAUUUUGAAUUGGACUUGUCCAAGUGGACUAAACAGAGGCUUUCAUCUUCAAGCAAAAGAUAGCUCCAGUAAUGUUAUUAAUGAAACUAGCACAAGUUGUACUUCAAAUCAAACACAGCAUUUCAAUCUAAUGAAUGUCAUAUUCUUUACAAAAUAUGUUGUGAGCAUCACCACCCUAUCAUGUGGCUCCCAGAGUACACCAGUCAGUACAAAUUGCAUGUCUGGUGUUAACAAUCCUCCAGAACCUUCCACACCUUUAGAAUUACCAAGACUUGAAUUCACCCAUAACACAGUGAAGUUCGAUAUCAAAACAGAUGCAUUUAAUGCAUCCAACGGCCCAGUUGUGGCUAUUGCUGUGAUUGUGACAAAAGAUCAAAGCAAAGUCGUUCCUGAUGAUGAAGAUCUGGAAAUACCGUUUCACUCUGGUGUGUCUACUUAUGUGACACAUGUGGUCAAUAUUUCUUCUCAAAAUACCAGAACAACUGCUCUAGAAAAAUCCAUCUCUGUCAGCAUAGGAGAUAAUAGUCAAAGCAUGGGAUAUGUUAAUAAGGAGUUGACUCCUUUGACCAAUUAUCGAUUUAGUUUGGCUGGAUUUACAAAAUUGAAAAUUAAUGAAGAGAAGAAAAUUGAUUCAAAUAAAUCCAUCUUUACAAUAUAUCAUUAUUCACAGAUGGUCACAUUGAAACAAGAUCCAGGUGUCAUUAUUGGAGCUGUGGCUGGGAGUGUUCUGGGUGCAUUUGUCAUAAUUGCACCCCUCCUACUGUUUUUAUGGUGGAAAAAACGAACAAUGUCGAAAAACGAGAAUGUAACUCAACUUCCAGCCAUGAAUCUCAGUGCCAUCAGUGUGGACUACUUUGCAGGGUAUUUCAGUAAGCAACACGCUGACUCUGAUUGUGGAUUUGCUGAAGAGUAUGAGGAACUCAAGGCAGUUGGAGUAUUGCAGUCAGUACAAGUUGCCCAGCAACCUUUGAACAAACCUAAGAAUCGUUACAGUAAUGUUUUACCCUACGAUAGCAGCCGAGUUAAGCUCUCUGUUACUUCAGACCCAUCCAGUGAUUACAUCAACGCAAAUUUCAUGCCAGGAUAUAACUCCCAAAAAGAGUUUAUUGCUGCUCAAGGGCCAUUGAUGAAUACAGUGCAGGAUUUCUGGCGAAUGAUUUGGGAACAUCGAGUACCGGCUAUUGUCAUGCUUACCAAGUGUGUAGAGCAAGGGAGGGCAAAAUGUGAACAGUACUGGCCAACUGAGCGUCCUCUUGCCAUUGGAGACAAAAUAGUUACUCUGACAUCGGAAGUGACUUCUGAAGACUGGACCAUCAGAGACUUCUCACUGGUAAAGGUUAAAACUGGAGAGAAGUACAACAUACGACAGUUCCACUUUCUGGGUUGGCCCGACCAUGGAGUUCCGAGCACCACUGGGAUCCUCGUCGAGUUCAGGAACUUAGUACGGGAAUAUAUCAAUCAACAUCAAAUGAGGGGACCCACUGUAGUGCACUGCAGUGCUGGAGUUGGGCGGACCGGAACAUUUAUUUCCAUCGAUCACAUGAUUCACCAGAUAGAUAAUGACCGAGAGGUCAAUAUCUGGAGUAUAGUUUAUCAGCUCCGAAUGAACCGGCCACUGAUGGUGCAGACAGAGUCUCAGUAUGUUUUCCUGAACCAGUGUGCCAUGGAGUACAUCAAAUCAAGCAAAAGGCAUGGAGACGAGUCAGUCUAUGAAAAUGCUUCUAUCCUCAUCUAUGAGAACACCUCUGCUAUCCGAGCAACUAAUGGUCACAUACCUUAAUGGAAAUGAUCCUGGACUCUCCUUUUGAAAUUCAGCUACAUCUUUUUCUAAUUUGAUUUCAUAAAUUAUAAAUGAACUUUAUAUUCAUUUAACAAGGUAUGUCUGGACGUUCCUUUUAAUGCUGAAUUGCUAUUUUUUUUCAAAACAAGUAUCUAUUCUGGAAAAAGCUGGGCAGUGCUCAGGAACUGUGUGAAAUCUUUGAGAAACACUGCAUAAUUCGUCACAAAUGGCUUGUUCAUUUGGCUUCAGUCUCAGGUUUCAGGCAAAACGUGACCUCAUUAAGGUAACACCAACUGAUAUGUGAAAUGAAAUUAUCUAUUUCAAGUAUGUUUCUAAGGUAUCUAAUGUUUUUAUGUCUAAUAUAUAAACUUGACAGAUCAGCUGAACAUCAAUAUUUGAAGCAUACUGCUGAACUAAUAUUUAUAAAGAAAUACCAACCUUGUAGAUAUUGCCAGAACCUGGGACAAACUGUGAAUUGUUCCCAGAAAUUAAUCCCUCAAGUGCUUCCAUCAAACUUGAUGAAAUGUUAAAAAUAUUAUGUAGGAUAAUUACUUUCUACAAAUUCAUACCACAGAUUAAAUAAGAGCCAUUUUACAUAAAGUGAAGUGGAAAAGUAGCUGGAACAUUCAGCAAACUUGACGUGCCAUAAUUGUUUAUACUGCUGUUUUCAGGCUCCACAUAGAAAUAAUAGUUAGCCUGUAUUGCAAUGCUGAAUUUAACAUACAAUCAGCCUCAAAUAUAUUAACCAAAACCAGAUACUUCUCGCACAUCUUCAAUAAAAUAUGUCCUGUCAAGUCAGGCUCUACUCAUAGACGUUCUGAGCCUUACACUAUAAAGGACAAAGCAGUGAAAAAAUGGUUUAAAGAGCAGAGUGAGCCCAUUAAGCUGAAUGACAAAUUGCAUAUCAAGUUGCAUCUGGAAUUCCAUGUGCAUAAGGCAGUUGCAUAAAAACAAAAAUUGAAUAUAUAAUAUAUUGUUAUAAGCAUUGAUGCACAACUCAAUCUAGCAAUGGUCUUGUCAAGGAUCUCGCUUGAAUUUUUCAGUCUUUGUAUGUGCAGAGGUGUGGCUCUAUCUUGAAGUAAUGCUGAGGAAGCAAAUGAAAAUCUCUCUGAGUGGUGGGAGUUUGUCACUGUGAUAGAUAUUAAUUCAGUUUCUAUUCCAUACUCAGUUAUUUUAAAGGAUAUAAUGUUUAAAUUUGAUUUAAUCUUAAGUUUGUAGUGAAAAACCAAACCUUCCUCGGUUUGUGGAUUUUAUAUUAAUAUGCUAAAUAUUUGUAGCUUCACUUGGAAACUCAUGAAAUGAUAGUUUAAAUUUAAAUGUAACUUAUUUUCUGGACGUAAUCCUGCAUAAGCAGGAGUGAAUAAGGAACUGUUAAUGUACCACAGCCAAGUAUUUUCCAUUGAAUUUGCAUGGAAUCCAAGAACAUUGUUCUUGGUGUAUUCAUUUUAAAUUAAUUUAAAUUAAUCUCCUUAUCAGGAACUGCAUUGAUUUGAGUAAGAUGUGUUAUUUGGGGUAUAUAGAGCUUUGGAAAUUCUGCAUGGGAUGCACUUUGUAAACAUGCUCAUUGGGACUGCCUUCAUUCGGUGCCAUUCUAACAAGGAAUUCCAUGUUCAGCAAACAUCAUGGAUUUAUAAGGGAGACCAAGCCACUCUUGCCUGUCAAACAGAUUUCCUGGUGCUGAACGGUUUCUUGUAUCACACAGAGAGUGUCACUGACAAAGCUCAUCAUGUCUGGUAAUUAUGUGUUGUUUGGGGGGACAGAAUAAUUGAGAAACUGAAGUUCAGCUAAGAAUAUUUAAAAUUAAGUAAAUCAGGAGGGAGCAGGCACACUGCAGAAAGCUUAAGACCAAGAACUGCAGAAACAAUCAAUGUAUGUCUCUGGAUUUUGAAACAAACUGGCAGUGAAACACUUGUGCAUUAGGUGAUCAGGGAAGGUAGUGAUUAUAUUACUAGAUAUUUUGGAACUAAAUGUAUUUCUAUUAGAACUUAGUGAAUUUUAAAUCCCUUUUAGUAUUUGAUUAAAACUGAGAAGGGAUGAGCUGUCAAUGGAUGGUUAUUAUUUUUAGAUUACACAAUAUUUGAAGGGGGCUAUUAUAUGAUGAGACAGGAAAGUGAGGCCCUGGUACAUCUGUUCACUCUUAAGAACUCCAAGGCUCUCUUUUGGAAGGGAUCUAAUAAUACUGGCCAAAAGAAGUCCAUCUGAAGAAUUUUUUUAGCUAGACAUACCAACUAUAACUUGACAAUGUAUUAUCAUUACAUCCUUUAGAUUACCAUAACAUCAUAGAAAAAUACAGCACAGAAACCAACCCUUCAGUCUAUCUAUUCCCUGCCUAGAGUGCUUACUCCCAUCGACCUGCACCCAGACCAUCACCUGUCAUCCAUGUACCUAUCCAAACUUCUCUUAAAUGUUGAAAUAAAGCUUGCAUGCACCACUUGUGCUGAGAGCUCACAAACCUCUGAGUGAAGAAGUUUCCCCUCAUGUUCCCCCUAAACUUUCACCUUUCACCCUUAAUCCAUGACUUCUAGUUGUAGCCCCACCCAACCACAGUGGAAAAAGCCUGCCUGCAUUUAACCACCUGUACCCCUCAAGUUUUGUUUACCUCUAUCAAUCUCCCCUCAAUUUCAAGGAUUGAAGUCCUAACCGGUUCAAUCUUUCCUUAUAACGCAGGUCUUCCAGUCCCAGCAAAAUCCUUGUAAAUAUUCUCCGUACUCUUUCAACCUUAUUUAGGUCUUUCCUGCAGGGAGGUCACCAAACCUCCACACAAUACGCCAAAUUAGCCCUCACCAGUGUCAUAUAUGACUUCAAUAUAACAUCGCAUCUCCUGUGUAAAGUACUUUGAUUUAUGAAGGCCAAUAUGUCAAAAGCUUUCUUUAAGACACUAUCUACCUGUGCUGCUACUUUCAAUGAAUUAUGCACCUGUAUUCCCAAAUCCUUCUGUUCUACCACACUCCUCAGUGCCCUGCUAUUCAAUCUGUAAGACCUACUCUGUUGGUCCCACCGAAUUACAACACCCCUCACCUGUCUGCAUUAAAUUCUACCUGCCAUUUUGCAGACCAUUUUUCCAGCUGGUCCAGAUCCCGCAGCAAGCUCUGAUAGUCUUCCUCGCUGUCUACUAUACCCCCAAUCUUGUUGUCAUCAGCAAAUUUCCUGAUCAAGUUAACCACAGUAUCAUCCAGAUCAUUGAUAAAGAUGACAAAUAACAAUGAACCCAGCACCAAUCCUUGCAGCACUCCACUCAUCACAUGCUUCCAGUCAGAGAGACAACUGUCUACUACCACUCACUUCUUUUCCAACAAAGCCAAUAUCUCAUCCAAUUUAUUAUCACAUCUUGAAUGGCGAGCAACUGAACCUUCUUGACCAGCCUCCCACACGGGACCUUGUCAAAUGCCUUGCUAAAAAUCCAUGUAGAUGAAAUGCACUGCCUUGCCUUCAACUUUCCUGGUAACUUACUCGAAAAACUCUUAGGAUUUGUUAGACACAACCUACCACAAACAAAGCCAUGCUGACUAUCCCUAAUUAGUCCCUGCCUAUCUAAUUAUAUAUCCCAUCCCUUAGAAUACCUUUCAGUAACUUUCCCACUACUGAUGUCAGACUCACUGACUUAUAAUUUCCUGAUUUAUUUUUAGAGCCUUUGUUAAAUAGGAGAGCAAUAUUAACUAUCCGCCAAUCCUCCAGUUCCCUACCUGCUUCUAAGGAUUAUUUAAAUAUCUCUGCUAUGACCCCUGCAAUUUCUGUACUUGCCUCCCACAGGGUUCAAGGAAACACCUUGUCAGGCCUUGGGAAUUUAUUUAUCCUAAUUUACCUCAAGACAGCAAACACCUCCUCCUCUGUUAUCGGUAUAUGGUCCAUGAUCUUGCUGCAACUUUGCCUCACUUCUAUAGGUAUUUCUAUAGGUACAUUUUCCUGACUAGUAACACCACUCCUUCCCCUUUUAUCCCCCCCAUUCUGUCACAUCUAAAACAAUAGAAACCUGGAAUAUUAAGCUGCCAGUCUUGCCCCUUCUGCAACCAUGUCUCACUAUUAGCUUUAAUGUCAUAAUUCCCAAGCCUUGAGGUCAUCUGCCUUUCCUACAAUACUUCUUGCAUUGAAGUAUAUGCAGCUCAGAACAUUAGUCACACCAUGCUCAACUUUUGAAUACUAAGUUUGUCUGAGAUCUUAACACCAUCUAUCUCUACAAGCUCUCCACAAUCUGUUCUGGUUCUCUGGUUCCCAUUCCCCUGACACUCUACUUUAAACUCCCCCAUCCCCCCACUUCUGUCCAGAGCUAGCAAACCUUUCCGCUAGGAUAUUAGUCCCCCUCCAUUUCAUGUGCAAACUAUCCCAUUUGUACAGGUCUCACUUUCCCAAUCAUCCAAAGAUCUGAUGCCUUCCCUCCUACACCAACACCUUAGACACGUGUUAAAUUGUAUGAUUUUCCUAUUUCUAUUCUCACUAGCUCGUGGCACAGGUGGUAGUCCUGAGAUCACAACUCUGAAGGUCCUGCCCUUUAACCUAGCACCUAACUCCUUGAUCUCACUUUGCAAAACCUCAUCACUCAUCCUACCCAUGACAUUGGUACCUAUAUGGACCACGACCUCUAGCUGCUCACCUUCCCACCUAAGAAUGCUGAGUACUUGAUCCAAGAUGUCCCAGACCCUGGUGCCCAGGAGACAACAUAUCAUCCAGGAAUCCACUUCUCAUCCAGAGAGCCUCCUUUCUGUUCUCCUAAUCAACAAAUCCCCUAUCACCACUGUGUGCCUCUUCUCCCCCCUUCCAUUCUCUGGCACAGAGGCAGAUUUGGUGCCAGAGGCCUGACUGUUGUGACUCUCCUCUACCACCCCCCCCCCCCACUAACAGCUUCCAAAUUUAGAUGCACUUAGUGAGUCUUUUGUCGGGGAGUAACAGUUAGCAAAAUGAAAGCUUUUUCCAGAGUCACUGUAUAUUGUUUCCAACAUCAUUCAUUGUAUUUUUAAAUGUUGUAAAAUCUGUCCAGCCUUUGGCAUAAACAGCUUAAGUUAUUCCACAACAAAUAAACAAGGGUAGAAGUGAAAUGGGUAUAGUUACAGAGUGAAACAAUAGCAGUAAGCAUCAACACCGUGGAGACAGAUGCAGGAACAAGAAUGUAUAUGCAAUUGCACUUUCUAUCAAUGGUUUUACUAGAAGGAUCAAUUUUAAAGUAGUUAUGUAUAUGUACAUAAGGAUGUAUAUCAGAUAAUAUGUAGUACUGUAUUGUUGAAUUGCACUGGAUGCAUCUUUGGGAGAAAUCAAUUUAUUUUGUCUGUUCACUAUUCACUGUGUGAUGUAAUUUUAUCAGAUGCAGAAUAAUAUUUGAGAUUGUAAUUAUCUGAUAUACCUGUACCUCCAAAUUCAAUGGAUGCUGGUAGGUCAUUUUGAUUUUGCUGUGUUAUGAUGAUGUCUAAAUCUUGUUUUAUAAGUAAUGUACCGUGAAUUU